CAAAAGAUGAACUUAAAAGCAACCCAGACCCACAUCGUGAGCCAGCUGUUGAAGCACAAAGCAGAUCCCACUCUCCUGAACUGCAACCAGGACAAGCCCUCAGGCGGCUUAAUUGAGGACAGCAUGGAGCUCCUCACUGCAAAUCCAAUGCCGUGUAUUCGAGGCUCCUCAGACUCCUUUCCCUGCCAGAAGAACAUAGCUACUAUGGCUUUACCCAUCUCUAGGAGGGACAGUUUUUUGGAGAAGGAGGCCAUGUUCAGGGACUCAGGAGGAGCUCUGACACAGCAGCCUUCACUUGAUAACGGGCUGGACGGACCGUAUCCCAGCGCUGCAGGAAAACUGGAGCAGGUGAAACUAAUGCCUCCUGCUCCUAAUGAUGACCUUGCAUCCCUCAGUGAACUCACGGACAGCAGUCUGCUCUACGAGAUGCAGAAGCGCUUUGCUAACGACCAGAUAUAUACUUACAUUGGACACAUUCUUCUCCUUAUUAACCCUUACAAGGACCUACCCAUCUACUCUAAUCUGGUCAGUCAGUUGUAUCUGAGCUCCAGUGGUCGUCUGUGUUCCUCUCUCCCGCCUCAUAUCUUCUCUUCAGCUGAGCGAGCCUAUCACAUGAUGCUGCAGGAGCGACGCCCACAAUGUUUCAUCAUCAGUGGAGAGAGUGGUUCUGGGAAGUCUGUGGCCUGUAAGCACAUCCUCAAACACCUGGCUGCUCGCUCAAGUCCCAAAGGCUUCGCUUUAGAGCCACGGAUGAAGCAUAGGAAGCAGUUUGUCAGCAGUAAGAGUGGUCACAUCCUGGAGAUCGACUAUGUUGCCGUGGCGAUAAAAAACAUCAGGAGGCUUCUUCCAGCUCAGGAGACCCACAGCCACCAAAGGAAACAGACCUUUAGCACAGGUGCCAGUAUUGCAGUGAACAGCAUCAGUGUGUGUGAUGAAUUCUGCGUUACUGGUUCAGAGGAUGGAUUCAUGCGUCUGUGGCCUCUAGACUUCUCAUCUGUUUUCUUAGAGGCAGAGCACGAGGGGCCUGUCAGUUUGGUGUGCGUGUCCUCGGACGGCUCGGGAGUUCUAGCAGCCACAACCACAGGGAAUCUUGGGUAUCUGGAUGUCAGUAGCCGCGGUUACCGUACACUCAUGAGGUCACACACGGCGAGUGUUUUGGGCUGUAGUGUGGACGGCGUUAGAAGGCGGGUCACCACAGUGUCCAGAGACAGCACUUUACGGGUGUGGGACAUGGACACCAUGCAACAGUACUCGCACUACGGUCACGUGCAGUUGUCUGGUGGUCGUGAUGGUCUCAUUACUGUCAGCAGUCCUGUCACUGGAGUCACUGUACGCACCAUCCGUGACCACAAGGGGGCGCCCAUAACUACAGUGCAGUGCACCAGCAAACAGUAUAAGGAGUUUGGUCUGGAGGGAAAUGAGCUCUGGUUGGCUGUAAGUGCAGACAGGCGUGUCAGCAUCUGGGCAGCUGAUUGGACGAAGGAGAAAUGCGAGCUGCUUGAUUGGCUGACGUUUCCAGCGCCCAGCCCACCAGAGGAUGCACUGGCACUACCACCCAGUUUAGCAGCGUUCAGCCCCAGCGAGAGAGGAACGGUGGUUUAUACCGGCUACGCUGUGGAAAAAGAGAUCAUCUUUUACUGCCUUUACAAAAAACAGGAGGUGGAGAAUUUGUUUGUGGUCCUCUCUGCGCUGCUGCACUUGGGAGAUGUGCGCUUCACCGCCCUGACAGAUGCUGACACUGCGUUUGUGUCUGACUUACAGCUGCUAGAUAGAGUGGCUGGGAUGUUGCAGGUGAGCUCUGAGGAUCUCGGCUCUGCCCUCACCUCUGAUGUGCAGUGUUUCAAAGAAAACCUUGCACUUAAGCUAUGGUUCAAGACAUAUAUGGUUCUUGUCUGUUUUGACAGAGAUCCUGCCUUUGAGAUAAGCAUCCUGGACAUCUUUGGCUUCGAGGAAUUCCAGCGCAAUGGUUAUGAACAGCUGUGCGUGAACAUUGUGAAUGAGCGGAUCAGGCAGUUCACCGCAGAUGUGCUCUUCCAGCAAGAGCAGCAGGAAUGUCUGCAGGAGGGGGUUGCCAUGGAGACGCUACGCUCCCUCGGCAACCAGACAGCGGUGCUGGACUUCUUCUUCCAGAAGCCUCAGGGUGUGCUGUGUAUCAUUGAUGAGGAGAGUCAGUCCCUCAGGCCAUGUGAAGUCAACCUUUAUAAGCGACUGCAGAUACAGCUGGAUUCCUCCGGUUUGGACGCCGUCUCCCUCACGACCAAGGAUGGCAACGGGAACCCCCCACCCAAAGACCAGGGGCCAUCGUUUACCGUCACUCACUACACUGGCAAGGUGACCUAUGACCUGACCGGCUCACUGGACAAGAACAAGGAUGUUCUUCCCCAAAACAUCUCGUUUGUUAUGAAAACAAGUGAGAACGUGCUCAUCCAUCAAAUGUUCCAGUGUAAGCUGACUCAGACAGGCUCAUUGGUUCCCCAUCACCAGCGACUGAAGCUCCGCGGGCCCAAAGGCACUUUGCUUAACAAGAGCACUACGCUAAAUCCUGCCAGAGACGCCAAGAAAUAUGUGGAACUGAACAAGCUCCUGAAGAAAAAAGGAGCGACGUCCUUCCUGCAGAGACUGGAGCGUUGUGGACCGGUCACUGUGGCAAUGCAGCUCAGGAACUCUCUGUGUGAGAUCACCAGUAAGCUGCAAGCGUGUACACCUCACUUUGUUCAGUGUGUCAGGCCAAACAACGCCGGAAAGCCUGAUGUGUUCGACAGCUUCCACGUGUCCUCACAGCUCCAGUACGUGGGGGUUCUGGAGAUGGUCCGCAUGAUCCGGUAUGGAUACCCAGUCCGCCUGUCUUUCACCAGCUUCCUGAGCAGAUACAGAGAGCUGGUGGACACCAUCCUCACCGACAGGAAGAAAGCCUCCGCAGAGGAGAAGUGUCGGCACAUUCUGCAGCAUUGUAAACUCCAGGGCUGGCAGAUGGGGAACAGUAAGGUUUUCUUGAGAUACUGGCAGGCUGAUCACCUUAAUGACCGCUGCCAUCAACUGCACAGGAAGAUUAUUGUCUGUCAGAAAGUGGUGCGUGGCUGGUUGGCCAGGCAAUGUGCGCGUCGCAGGCUCACGUCUCGGCAGAAGGAGCAGUGUAACAUCCAACGGUUCCUGCAGGGAGCAGAGGAUUUGGGUAUGCGUGCUUACGACAGCCUGGUCAUCCAAAACGCAGCAGAUAUUGCACGAGAGAACGACCGCCUCCGGGGUCUCAUCAGUGCUCCACCACUGGGCGAGAGACCAGAACCUGUGGGCAAAGAAGAAGACUCACCCAAGAGGGCUGUUGAAAAAAGUGGGAGGGUUAACAAUGUGGCAGAUCGUGGGGGGAACAGACCACUCCGGCAUUUCCGCUCCAGCUCUGUGCCUCUACCCCUGGUUAUGGACAGCUUGGUACACUCCAGCAUCGGGACAUCAAUCAAAGCAGCCCUUCAGCCUGCGCCACACUCCACUGAGGAGGGAAAUGGAGGGAGCCUCUCCUCCCCACGAAAACAACCUCCUCCCAAACCCAAACGAGACCCUAAUACACGUCUGAGUGCAUCGUACGAGGCAGUAUGUGCAGGGCUGAGUAUUGCACCCAAAGACAGCCCUGCUGAGGGUCAAGCCUCUCCAUCUGGAAGCCCACCAAAAUCCCAACUCUCUCCUUCUGAUCCUCUUUCUAAACCUCGUCCUCAUAGUGAUGACUACAGCACCAUGAAGAAAAUCCCACCCCCCAAGCCCAAACGUAGCCCUAAUACUAAACUGACGGGCUCCUAUGAGGAGAUCUCUGUACCUUCUCCUGCACGGCCCACGGACAUGAAACUUGUCAGCCUGUUACGAGGCGGCCACUGCUUGGGCCUCAUCCAGCGAGCAGCAUCUGCGGACGGUCCCCAUUCUUCUGUGCUAAGCCUAUACCCCUGCCAGGAUGAGGAGGAUGUGUAUAUUGAGAUGGUGGGGGCCUCAAGAACCCUCAGACUGGCAGACUCCCACAGUCCAGAACUGGGAGAGGCGGUAUACGAGGAAAUGAAGUACUUCCCAACUGAUGAGGUGGGGUCAGCUCCAGUGGUCAAGCCUGAAGCUGUCAAUCCCACUACUAAUAUCCUACCUGCCCCAGUGCUGGAAAUCAAGAGGCCUGUGACUUUGAUGGAGCACUCUGGCACGCUCGGGGGAAAGCAGCAGGGCAAGGAUGGGACGGCAUGUGACAUUCCUGCUCCAUUCCCCAACCUCCUUCAACAUCGUCCCCCACUUCUAGUCUUCCCUCCGUCCCCUGUCACCUGCUCUCCCGCCUCGGAUGAGUCCCCCCUUACACCUUUGGAGGUGAAGAAGCUGCCAGUGUUCGAGACCAACCUCAACUACACCAGCCAGGAUGGGGGCAGCCCACUCUCACCACAGUAUACCCGACAAAGAGCUGACUCCUCACCGAGUCUUUCCAUUUUAAUGCCAGACAAAUCUACGCCACCCUUGACUCCUCCUCCCCCUCCGGCAGCACUUCCACCUCCUUACCGUCCCCCAUCCCACUUCCCCUUUCCCCCUGAACCAAACGUCUUGGCCCUGACCCGUGCAGCUUCUGUGGCUACCACCGAUUCUCCCAAAGAGAGGGUAUUUUAUCCCGUGUCAGACCGUCUCUGCGGGGGUUCGUAUUCCAAACCUCCCUUCUCCCCAGUAAAGACCUCGAGGCCAGAGCCCCGCAGAGCUCACUCCUGCUCCUCCUCGCCUCUGCUCUUCAACCCUGCCAAUGGAAGACCCCUCACCAGCCCUCUAGAUGAGCUCAACACCCUUUUCAGCUCAGGGCGCAGCCUUCUUCGCAAGUCCACCACUGGAAGAAAGAUCCGUGACAGCGGACUCUCAAAUUCCAACAUUAACCUGCCAGGUCGAGAGGAUCAAGGCCCCAUCUCUCCGUCAGCACAGUUACAGGACAAAAACGCCAACAACCACACCUCUCCCAACUCUUCGAACCCUGCACCCAUUGAAAACGGCAACCAGAUAUCUAAUGGGACGUUGGAAGACGUGGGACAUCCAAAGUCUAAUGCGUCCAGGACCUCGGCGUUACACAGGCACAUGGACAGCCACCACACUCAGGUGAAGCAUAUACACAAACCCACACUCACAUGCACACGCUCUCUUGUGGCAUCUGUCAUCCACUCUUCGGUGGGGAGAAGGUCUCCAGUGACCCCAAAUGGCAGAUGUAAUCAUGGGUAAUGAAAGUGAGAGCGGGUCCCAUGUCAUCCCAGACUCAGCACUCUGCCAAAUGAAAUGAGUCGAGGCUUAUCUAGAGAUCGUCU